GAACUGGAAUCCUUUCUUUCUGCUGGUGGAAAAGUCUUCGAUAUUGGAGGAAAACAAGACCGAUCGAUUCCUCAAUCAAGAUAAUUUGGAGACGCUGUUAUAAAUAUCUACGGUUGAGACAAUGGUCGUAGCUUCUGAUCAUGCCGACACCACCAAAAUUUGCAGUCACUGUGACAGAGCUAUUCCCUCUUCAAAUAUUGAUCUGCACUAUGCUCACUGUUCACGUAAUUUAGAGAAGUGUAAAAUCUGCGAUGAUAUGGUACCUAGAAAACAUGCAGAAGAACACUACUCAAGCACCCAUGCUCCGGUAUCUUGUUCAUUGUGCAAUGAGAUGAUGGAACGUGAAAUCCUAGCCGUGCACAAAGGUGAAAAGUGUCCCAAAAGAAUUGUGACAUGUGAAUACUGCGAGUUUCCGUUGCCUGCCAUCGACCUAUUUGAGCAUCAGGAAGUCUGCGGCAAUAGGACAGAGCUAUGUCAUAUUUGUAACAGAUAUAUUAGACUCCGAGAGAGAGUUGCCCAUGAUGUCACAUGCAAUGGUGUUCCAAAUAAUACGGCUGAAAUUCCCAGGGCAAUGCGGGAAGAUGAAAGAGAGCAUCCGGCUAGAAGGCCGCCGCCACCACCGCCACAAGACAUCUCUACAAGGCGGCUUAUAUUCACCAUAGCCAUAACCGGCAUUGCCAUUCUCAUUGGCUACUAUAUUUCCAGAGAAAACCAGACAUCAGUCAACUGAACUAGAAAGGUCAAAGGUCAAUCUGGAGAUCUUAACAAGUCUCAUGUGUCAAAUUGUUUAAAUAUAUACAUAUAUAUUUAAUAUAUAUGCAUUUGAUUCUGUAUUGUAUCAUCCCAAACAUUACUGGUGAUCCUUUUGUUCUAUUCAGUAUAUAUAAAGAUUUGAUGGAAAAC